UCAUGUUUUCCCCACCGACGGUGUUUUGUUUAUACACAACCGCAGUAGGACUACGUUUGCUCUUUCUUUUCUCUUCUCCUUACUUAUAGUUCCCACCAACUCUGUCCAACACACCAAACCAAACCAGACCAUCUCAACUCAACUCAACUCAACUCCUGAUCAGAUUUUAUAUUUAAUUCACUCUCUCUAAGCCAUAACUACUGUUCAUAUCCAUCGAUAUAGUACUAUACUUCUCAUUGCUAGAACUCUUUUUCGUUCUUUACUUUCUCAAAUAUAUCUCUUCUCUUGGAGUCAUUUAUAUAUUUGUAGUAUAAGCUAUAUAGCUACUAUAUGGGCUUUACUUCUCUUCAAGUUUGCAUGGAUUCACCAUCUGAUUGGCUACAGGGCACUAUUCACGAGGACUCAUCAGGAAUAGACUCUUCGUCCCCAUCAAACGACAACAUUCUCACAUGCUCAAGGCCCUUAAUGGAACAACAACAAAAGCUAAGACCCCCACACGACCAUGCCCUCGUCAAGUGCCCAAGAUGUGACUCCACCCACACCAAGUUUUGUUACUACAACAACUACAGUCUCUCUCAGCCCAGGUACUUCUGCAAGACUUGUCGUAGGUACUGGACCAAAGGUGGGACCCUCCGUAACAUUCCUGUUGGCGGUGGUUGUCGUAAGAACAAGAAAGUCGCACCCAAGAAGCCAAGCGACAACAAUUUGGGUGUCGUUUUAGUCAACAAUAAGAAUAAUGGUGGUGGUCUCAAUAAUAAUCCGGUUGGAGGGAGUGCCACUGACCUUCAGCUGUCGUUUCCCGACCAGGUUCAGUUUUCUCACCUUAGUAACCUUCUGGGUUCUCACGGGCCAGGCCCAAAUGGCUUUUUUGAAAGCCCUAGGCCCAUUGAUUUCAUGAAGAGUAAUACCACUACUACUGAUUUGGGCAUGGUUGGGAUGGGACUUGGUAACUUGGGUGCCUCUUCACAUCAUCAUGGAAUGGAACAGAAUUUUCAUGGCUUGUGUUCUCCAUUUGGACUGUCCUUAGAUGGGACUGGAUCCGGGACUUUUAUGGACACGUGUCAAAGGAUAAUGAUGUCGUACGAAGGGAAUCAUGGGGACCAGAAUGGGAUUGAUGUGAAGCCAAAUACAAAACUCUCAUCCCUUGAUUGGCAAGACCAUGGUUGUACGGAUGCUGGCAAAGACUCGUUUGGGUACUUUAAUAGUUUAGGGUCAUGGUCCGGUGUGAUGAACAAUUAUGGUCCCUCCACAAUGAACCCAUUAGUUUAAUCUUUUCUUUAAUUAGAGUCCUUAAGGUUAGUGGUGUGAUUAGUGACUUAAUUAUGAUAUGCUUUAGACAGCUAGGUUAUCCCACCUACUAUAUAUAUAAUAGUACCAUAUAUUAUAUUAAGUUCUUUAAACAAAAAAUGGAUCUCCCAUAUUGACAGUUCUUUCUUUCAUUUUUCUUUUCUUGGUUCUUUUUAUGUAAUGAAUGUGAUCUUUAUUGGUUUUUA